UCUCAAACAGGUGUUGGAAUCGUAGUUUAAGGAGGGAAAAUUGAGAGGCACAAAAAGAAAAGGAAUGGAAGGAAAAAAAGCUUAAUCUAAUGAAGGAUUUACUUUCCUAUUUGAUCUGAUCAACUGUCUAAGUGUCUUAAGUGACAAGUUUUACGAGAAUGGAAGCAGUAUCUGUGAUAUUCGUACUCUCAAAAGAGUUAGACGAUGAGAGUCAAGCAAGUGAAGUAAUGCUUCAAGCUUUUGAGGCAUGUAAACAAAACAAAGUAAACACAUUGUGGGUGAAAGAACAAGAUAUUCCCAGAAAAGAAUUGAAGAAAACAGAUUUCAUUGUAUUUGAAAACUUCGAAGGACAAGAUUUUGAGGGUAUCAAAGAAGCAAAGAGUGCUAGUAUUUUAGGACCAUGGUGUAUCUUGGUGUGUCUAAUGGAAGGAAAAAAGAUACCAAAUUUUCAGUGGCCUAUCUACAAUGUUGCUAUGUAUGAUUGCAUAGUAACUUCAUCACAUCUGCCGAAAUCGAUGAAAUCAAAAAUUGAUGAAAUGGUCCAAAGAAUGGGUGGUUAUUAUAAUGAUUCUUUAUCGGAAAGUACUACACAUUUAAUAACUGACAGUGUGAAGAGCGCUAAAUAUAUGAGAGCCAUAGAGAUGAACAUAAAAGUGUUAACCCCAUCGUGGAUAGAUGCCGUUUGGGAGGCGAGCCAAGAAGCAAAUAUCCACUGUAACGACAAGCAAUUCGACAAAUUCAAGUGUCCACCUCUACACAAACUAAUCAUAUGUACUACUGGUAUUUCUAGUAUGAAGGAGAGGGAAGAGGUUCGGAGACUGGUCACUGAAAAUGGCGGAGAGUUCACGGCAAAGCUAAAUCUGAAAAAAACAGAUUUUCUAAUUUGUGACGGUGCUGCAGGUGCGAUGAGUGAGAAGUAUAAACAAGCGAGGAAAACAUCAAACGUCACCUGCGUUACGUUACAAUGGCUUCAUGACAGUAUUCAAAAAGGGUACUGCGUCCCCCACGAAGAUUACGUAGUGCAAAAGGGCACUUCCACACCCCAGAAGCCCGAUUUCAUCAAUCCCGACUUCUCGACCAUGAGCGCUAUUGAUCAGUCGAAAUGCGAUAGGACCAGUGUUGAGGAAUCGGUUGUUCAUAACCCUACCUAUAACUCGGCAAGUCACUCUUCGACUCCUACCAGUGGUGCGAAGCGAAAAGUUUUCGCAGAAUGCGAUAAUCUCAUCGAACAAAUCGAUAUCAAGAAGGCCAAGAAGAGUGGACAGUUUCUGGAUGGAUUUUCUAUUUACUUGGUGGGAUUCAAGGACGAUCACAGGGAGAAAUUAUGCAAAAUAAUCAACGCCAGCGGUGCCACACGUUGCGACGACAUGUCAGAUCGAGUCACCCAUGUCAUAGUCGGCGAUCCGGAGUCGCACGAGUUGAAAAUCAUCAAGUCGAAAGGUUUCACCUGUUUCAUAGUCACGAUCCAGUGGCUGUUGGACAGCAUAGACAGGAAGAGGCCUUGCGGAGAGGACCCUUACCUGGUUAACAACCUGAGGGACGAGUCCAAGUUCAAAUCGCCAAUGGGGAAGAAGGGUUUGAGUUUGUUACGUUCGAAGAGGACGAUAACGGAGAUAGACUUGACGCUGUCGCAGAAGGAGAAGGAGAAUCUGGAAAACGAGAUGGACGCAGAGGCGGAAAAGGAGAUCAUGAAGCAGUAUAUGAUGCCGGAACCCACCGCUGAGGAAGACACACUUGCCAACAUCCUGAAGAAUGCCAACUUCGACAGCGAACGACUAGGAGGCGCAGAAUCGGAUUCUCAGAAUAAACAGCACGCCGAUGCGCCAUCUACGGAGGAGACUUACACAUCACAGACCCUGGAUCAGCCCCUGGACAUUUUCCGGGGUUUCAGUUUUUUCAUCACCGGCUUCGACGAGGAACAAGUGACCGAGAUGGAGGAGAAGAUCCAGAGCGCGUCGGGAAGAAUCACAAACGUAUUUAGGGAUGCGAACUACGUUGUUGCACCGUGUUUUAUCAGCGACCCCCUAGAUUACGACGAGAACAUCACGAUAAACGACCUGUGGAUAUACGACUGCAUCACGGAAGAACAGAUACUGCCUAUCGCCUACUACCACCGACCGCUACACGUCGUCAACCCCACCGUACUGGAGGACUGCGUGGUCACCGUGAGCGGCUACAUGGGCUACGAGCGCAACUUCCUGUCGUCGCUGAUCGUCAUGCUGGGCGGCGUGUCGCAGGAGCAGUUCUGCCGCAUCACCUCCGUCGAGAGGAACGUGCUCGGCUCCACCCAUCUGGUGAUCGCCGAGGCCAAGGGUAAGAAGUACGCGGGCGCGGUCAAGUGGCGACUGCCGGCCGUCACCCAGGAUUGGCUGGUCGGAUGCGCGAGGAGCGAGGUUAGGUUGCCCGAACGGGACUAUCUGGUGUCCGACGCUGGCUCAAAGAUCGACAGCAGUGUCACGUCGAGCAAAUUAGAAACGGCUUCGAAAAAAGAAAACACGUCUAACCCUCAAUCCGUAAGCAUGGAAUAUUCGAAGAUCUCGGCCAGAGACGUCGUACCGCAGCAUCUGCUCGAGUUCAACAAAGACUAUUACAACGUCGCACUCGGCAUCACGGCCAACACGAACUCUACAGGGGUUUCGUUGAAAGACACACCUGGAACAUCGAGUAGAUCGUCCGAUUCCGAUAAGAUAGACCUUCGCUUAGAAGAUUUUUCGAAACCGUCUAGAGAUAGGUCCGACGAAAGAAAUGUAGAAGACGGUACGAAACCCUCGGGAAGCGGGAUGGAAGAACCCAUGUCUAGAUCGUCGAGGAAAACGUCCGUUUCUAGUCAAAAGGGCAGGGCUUUGGGUAAUUCUUCAUUGCUUUCCCCUAUCAAUUCAGGAAUGAAUGAUUCGGACUUGCCGUCCUCAUCCGUUGUUAGGGUAGAGACGCCCAAAGUUACCUCAGAAGAUUCCUUCACAAUACCACCACCCAGACCAGUCAACAUGGGUAGAAGAGAUUCAAGAAGUCAGAGAUCCAGAGAUCCAUUCAAAACGCCCGACAGGAUGGAGGACGACCUGCCCUACAGCCAGGUGACGCCGGUGGAGAAAAUAAUGAACGCCGUCAGGAUGACCAACCUGCUCGGCACCCCGGAAUCUCCCCAGGUGCCCAGGUGCGCCUGGGACGUGGACACGCCCGACACCCCUUACGGCAUCUGUUUCGACCCCAACCCGUCCAGGAGCCUGAAGAAGCGGAUGCUCAGGUUCAUCAACUCCUUUCCGGACAAGGCGACGCCGCCGGCCAAGAGGCGAGUGAGCACGCCACUUUCAGAGCUGAAGAGGAGGUUGUGGGACAAAAUCGGUUCUAACCUUGACAGUCAGAGCCAAAGUGAAGAUCCGAGUACUCCAGGACGUCAGGAUAGUCAGGACGAUGAAGAGAAUGAAUCUGAAAAGGUGAGUUGUACUCAAAGUGAACUGGUAAAUACAAAACUGAAACAACUAGAAGAAAUUAUGACGGCGGUCGGCGGAAGUGCCAAUAAAUCGAGAAGGCAGAAGGAAGCGGAUUUCGUACUUGAAACUGCUUGCGAUCAAGACAUGAGGGUAUCGCAACCGUGCACGGUACAAUGGGACUUCGGAAAAGACACACAGGAAGAACCGUCCCCAGAGUCCAAAGUUUUCAUGAUAUCCGGAGUGGGAGACCCGAAUCUGAGGUCGAAGAUCGUGUCUUCCCUGAAGGAACUGGGAGCGACGGUGUCGGAAACGUCCAGCUACGAUCCGAGCGCGACGCAUCUGCUGUGUCCGAAACCGGCCAGAAACGAGAAGACGCUAUCCUGCAUGGCCGCGGGCAAAUGGAUCCUGCACAUCGACUACGUGGACGCCUGCCUUAAAGCUUCGAAAUUUGUUAAUGAAGAAUACUAUGAAUUCGGUAAUCCGAACUCCAUCGGUAAAAUAUCCAUCGAACUGGACAGAGAUAUCGAAAUCAGGAUGCAGGCCAUCCAUUAUUGGAGGAACGAACUUGCCAGGACUGGUAGAGGUCCGUUCCAAGAUAUGAGGACCAUAAUUGUUGCCGAGAAAAAACAGGCUCUGGUCAGUGUCAUCGAGGCUGGGGGUGGAACUGUCAUCGAAGCAACGCCUCCAUUCGACGAUACUAUCCACGCAACGCACUGUCUGAUGGAGCCUAAAAGCGUAUCGAAUUUCGCACUGUACGAACCCCUGGCUAGGCAGGGAAUCUAUUGCGUGAACACCCUGUAUCUGAGUGAUUUCUUGCACAGGACCAACAAAGACAUCAAAGACGCCAUUUUGCCUUUCUAUCAGAAAUAUUUCAGAUAAUGGAUAUUAUAAGAUUGCCACCCUCCCAUUUGGAUCAAAUCGAAGAAGAUGUGUUGAUUAGGUUUAGGUACCUAGUUACUGGAGAUCUGUCGAGCAGACUGAGAAUAUGUUCACAAUGUGUAAUGUCGAUUCUUUCAAAUGUACAUUUGUAUGAAAUAAAAUAUUUUUCGUU